CUGUGGGGUGAACAGUGGGCUCAACAAGCCUUUUGUGGGGACCCUGGGGAUCCCUCACAGUCACGAAGCUUUGCAGGUGCAGACCCUCCCUUGGGAGAAGCACACGGAAGAUUCCAGACAGAAUCCCCAGCCUCCGUCCUGUCUGGAUGCCAAAACCCAUCUCCCGCUGAGCGGCUCCAGCCUAUCUGGAAAGCAAAGCACCCAACGAUGAAUUUUUGAUGACCCCAUUAGCAAACGUUCACCCCCUCUCCCUGUUUUGCUCUUAGAUGCUAGCAAGCCGAGUGCUAGCAGGAAAACCCUGCUUGGGAAACAGAUCUGUGAUGCCUGGGCAGCGGUCAAGGGAACAUCUGGACGGCAAGGGCAAGUGACACUGCAGAGAAGCAGCACCCUUUUCAACCGAGAGGCAACACAGGCCUAGAGGGAUAUGAACAGGACGCGAACAACCUGGACAAGGUCCCAAGUCCCAGGUUUGCCAUCUGUCGGCCCAUCAAUUCCAGCUUCCAUGUGCAAACUUCCAAAGUGAUGUAAAGCCACCCCUAAGCAGGCACAAGGAGGUGGGGGUGCAGAGCCAUCCGCCCCACCCCUCCCUGGGCAUUAAAGAUACCAGCAGGCUGUGCCUCCCUCCUCCCGACCAAUCCUCUGCAUCACCAGAUGAUGUCAUCCCAGACAGCUGGCCAAUGGGGGAGCCCCCCACCCUGCAUCUUUAUUGAAAGACAGGAAGGCAGCAGAAGGAAGGCGGGGGGGGGCACGAGACCAAGCGGUACUGGAAAACCAGGGUGCAGGGGUGUGGGUGGGGGACAGGGUGGCGUCUGCUUCUUUGUCUCUCCCCUCGGAGGCGGCACUGACUGGCCAGCCAUGGCGCUGUGGGAUCCACCUGCGCAGGGCUGGCCUUCAGGCUGCAGCUCUUAGGGGACGGUCCACCCUGCCGCCCCACCUGCAUGGGACUGCAGCAGCCGCCGCAGCCACUGCCACUGCCGCCUGCCUCCCUCGCUCACUUCCCAGUGGACUCAAAAGGCACGGCCUCCGCCAGACGGAUCCUCUCCCUCCAGGGGUGGACUGAGCCCACUUUGACCGACGGAGAAAACGCCAGAUCCAAGCCAAGCCAGAGAGCUGCAGCUGCCGCCGCCUCCUGCCCACUCAGAGCAACUGGAGCCCUGGCCCUCUGCAUGCGCACCGGCCAGCAUGUCAACCAUCAGCCCUGAAUAUGACUACCUAUUUAAGCUGCUUCUGAUUGGUGAUUCUGGGGUCGGGAAGUCUUGCCUCCUCCUCCGUUUUGCGUGGGACACUGCCGGACAGGAGCGCUUCCGAACGAUCACAUCCAGCUACUAUCGUGGCGCCCACGGGAUCAUCAUUGUGUACGAUGUGACAGACCAGGAUUCCUUCAACAACAUGCAUCUCUGGAUGGAGGAAAUCGACCGCUAUGCCAGUGAGAAUGUCAACAAGUUGAUUGUGGGAAACAAGAGCGACCUCACCAGCAAGAAAGCAGUGGACUACACUACAGCCAAGGUACCCCUGCUCCCCUUGGAAUACGCGGACUCCCUCGGGGUGCCCUUCCUGGAGACCAGCGCCAAAAAUGCCAUUAACGUGGAGCAGGCCUUCCUCACCAUGGCAGCCGAGAUCAAGGACCGUGUCAGCAGCGGCCCCACCCAAAACGACAACCACAAGUCCAAGCUGCACAUCCAGAGCGGCCCACUGAGACAAGACGGACAGGGCUCUGGGGAGGACGGAGGCGGGGGCUGCUGCUAGGAGAGCCAACCCAGGCUGCCACGGGGCGGAAGUGCUGGCAGAGGACUGGGAGGCACCCCCGCCGCUUGGCCCUGCACCAGAGCGAAAGGCCACCAGCCCCACUCCUCUCUUGGCGCCCUGGGUUUAGCUCUGCAGACUCAGAAGGCACCGCGGGGCUCCUGCGGACCAGAUCCAGCCGCCCUGGCCAGGCCACGUUUGCUCUGGGGCAUGUCCCUGACACUGGAGCUCUGGACCCAGCUGCCCUCGGCCUCCCUGCACCAACCCCCUCACCCUCAGCCUCAGUCCCUGCUGCCGACAGAAGCUAUUUUCGACCCACGAGGACGUGCAACUCACAGCAGUGCUGGCAUGACACAGCAAGGGAGAACAGAGAGUUGGAAGGAGAAGGAGGGGAGAGAAGGCUGCCAGGUCCACUCCUCUGGAACUGCCAGGACGACCUCCCAUUUUUGCAUCCCCCCAUCUCAACCCAAUGAACUUGGAAUGGGACACAUCCACCGAAGGGAGCAUGAGCUCUUCCAUCCUUUAACAAAGGCUCCUCAUCACCACCACCCUCUCCACGUCUUUUUAAUAAGCCUCUUACUUCAUGGUGGACAGCUACUGGACUAAGGCAAGGGGCAGGUUUAUUUACUAUUUAUCUGUUAAAGGAACUUGUUUACUGCUUUUCUAUCCACCAAGGCUCCCAGAAUGAUGUACAAUAAAACAGAUAAUAAUAAAAAUCAAAUCUGAAAUGACUUUCAAAACCAAUAUUUAAACCUGUUGCAAAAAACCCUAAGGUGAUAAGAAGCUCAGCGGGACCUUAAUUUUCCUCAGGUCGCUGUCCAGCAAACAAGGUCCAAGCUCAGCCCCUUCUCUGCACAGACAACAAACUCUGGGACAAUUGAAGAAAUCACCAUCCUUCUGCUGCAUGUUUCAUAUGAAACAAAGAAAAGGUAGUGGUAUUUCAACUUGAGGAAGAGUUUUGCUUAGUGCUCAUUUAAGGGGUCCCUUCUGACUUCUAGUACUCCUCACAAACAACCAGAUCGAAGAGAACUGCCUAUGUUUGUCCAUGGCUGCACCUUUUAAAAAGCCUUGCGAUAUUAAAUAACCCCCCUGUGUGCCCCACCCCUCUUCAAUCUCCCAUCCUUACUGUGUGUGUCUUCAAUAAACCCUCCCCCUCCAUCUUUGGACUC